AAAGGCUGUAAAAACCUCACUCGGGCACUCUUAGCGUCACUGACGACGGGUGCGUGGAGGUCUGGGUUCAAACCUGCAAUAAACGGCCCUUGCCGCUUGGCUUUGACUCUGGACUCUGGUGGUUUGUUCUUGAGGGUCACCCGAAUUUGGGCAUAUCAUUUGGGGGCUCAUCUGGGAUACCCCCAAGCCCUCCAGACCCCAAGUCAACGGGUCGUCCCUGAAGCCGAUCGGGAUGUUAGAACCAGAGGACAGAAUUUGAGUCUAGACAUCUGGAGGGGAAAAUUAAUAACCCUCUGCCGCUCCGAAUGGCCAACCUUCGGUGUUGGAUGGCCAACCGAAGGAACUUUCUGCCUCCCUAUAAUUGCUAAGCCCACCUGGGACAACUGUCAGCAGCUCCUCUGCAUCCUGUUCACUACAGAGGAGCGAGAGAGGAUCCAAUUAGAAGCAAGAAAGCUGGUUCCCGGAGACGACGGUCAGCCGACAUCUAACCCUGACCUCAUUAAUGCGGCUUUCCCCCUAACCAGACCUCCACAGGACGAAUGGGACUACAACACUGCAGAAGCUGCCGAGACGUCCGAAGCCUGCAUCCAGGGAACCGAAGGUCUCCUGCGAACUCUGGGAACCUUAGGCUACCGCGCCUCAUCAAAGAAGGCUCAGAUCUGCAAGUCAGAGGUAACUUACCUGGGUUACUUACUGAAAGGGGGGCAACGCUGGCUAACGGAUGCCCGGAAGGAGACCGUCCUUCGUAUUCCCAGACCGCAGACACCACGACAGGUGAGGGAAUUCCUGGGGUCGGCUGGGUUCUGCAGACUAUGGAUACCAGGGUUUGCUGAAUUAGCAAAGCCUUUAUACCAGGCAACAAAGGACCAACAGCCCUAUAGUUGGACGGAAGAAGCCAAACAGGCCUUCCAACGAAUUAAAACUGCUCUGCUAUCAGCACCUGCCCUGAGACUCCCCGAUGUCUCCAAACCCUUCCACCUAUGUGUAGAUGAAAACCGAGGCAUAGCUAAGGCGGUGCUAACCCAGCAUUUAGGCCCUUGGCGCAGGCCAGUAGCCUAUUUGUCUAAAAAGCUAGAUCCAGUGGCCGCCGGAUGGCCACCCUGUCUCCGGAUGAUUGCAGCCACUGCCCUAAUGGUAAAGGACGCUGAUAAGCUGACCAUGGGCCAAGAGCUACAAGUCACCACCCCGCAUGCCAUCGAGGGCAUCCUCAAGCAGCCGCCUGACCGAUGGUUGAGCAAUGCCCGACUCACUCAUUACCAGGGACUGCUGCUGAACCCCCUCAGGGUCAUCUUCACCCCCCCAACGGCCCUGAACCCAGCAUCACUGCUGCCAGACCCAGACAUGGGAACCCCACUUCAUGACUGCGCCGACACACUGGCUCAAGUUUACGGGGGCGGACUUGCAGGACCAACCAUUAUCGGAUGCGGACGCCAUCUGGUUCACCGAUGGAAGCCGCUCCAUUCACCAGGGACAAAGGUAUGCGGGGGCGGCCAUAACUUCAGAAACCGAGGUGGUUUGGGCAGAAGCCCUACCCCCCGGAACCUCGGCCCAAAAGGCUGAACUAAUAGCCUUAACCCAGGCCCUAAAAUUAGGAAGAGACCGCAAGCUAACCGUGUACACUGAUAGCCGAUAGAUAUGCCUUCGCCACCGCUCAUGUACAUGGGGCGAUAUACAGAGAACGGGGGCUCCUCACAGCUGAAGGGAAAGACAUCAAAAAUAAAGAAGAGAUUCUAGCCCUGCUAGCAGCCUUAUGGGAACCCAAAAAGCUAGCGAUUGUGCAUUGCCCAGGACACCAGAAGGCAACCGACCCAGUUUCUCGGGGCAACAAUUUGGCCGAUUGGACUGCAAAAGACAUAGCUCGGACCCCAGCGCAAUUACCCUACAGCUGCCAGACCCCGGACCCUGGGAAUUGCCCCCCAGCCCUGAGUAUUCAGAAAGCGAUAUUCAAUGGAUGAGUAAACUUCCUAUGACCCAAGUCAAAGAUGGCUGGUGGAGAGACUCCAAAAGCAGCAUUAUACUCCCAGAUAAACUAGGGUGGCAGGUUCUAGAGCAGAUCCAUCACAGCACCCACUUAGGUUCCCGGCGAAUGUUGGACUUACUGAGACAGACUGGACUAAAAAUCAGAAAUGUCUCCAAUAAAGUCGAUCAAGUAGUCACUAAAUGUACACUGUGCCAACUCAACAAUGCGAAUAGCAAUCCUCAGGCAACAGGGGUAAGACAAAGAGGGAGCAGACCGGGGACCUAUUGGGAAGUAGAUUUCACUGAGGUAAAACCAGGAAAAUAUGGAUAUAAGUAUUUGCUAGUUUUUGUAGAUACCUUUUUAGGAUGGACUGAAGCCUUUCCAACCAAGAAUGAAAUGGCGCAGAUUGUAGCCAAAAAGAUCCUGGAAGAAAUCCUGCCCAGGUAUGGUUUUCCAGUAAUGAUAGGGUCAGACAAUGGACCUGCAUUCGUCUCUAAGGUAAGUCAGGAACUGGCUUCCAUACUUGGGGCUGAUUGGAAAUUACAUUGUGCAUACCGACCCCAAAGCUCAGGACAGGUAGAGAGAAUGAACAGAACAUUAAAGGAGACCCUAACCAAAUUGACCAUGGAGACUGGCGUUAAUUGGGUGGUCCUUCUCCCCUACGCUCUGUUCAGGGUGUGUAAUUCCCCAUACAAACUGGGACUCACACCCUAUGAAAUAAUGCAUGGUAGACCACCCCGUAUCAUCCCUAACCUAAAAGAUAACCUUGUCAAAGCUGAGAACGAUAAUAGUCUUGAAUUCUGGUUCUCCCUACAAGCCUUGCAGAGGGUCCAUGAAGAUGUAUGGCCCAAAUUAAAGGAACUCUAUGAGACUGGACCCCCGCCUAUUCCACAUCAAUUCCAGCCAGGGGAUUGGGUCCUUGUCGAACGUCAUCGGCAGGAAAAUCUGGAACCCAGGUGGAAAGGACCCUUCCAGGUCAUCCUGACAACACCUGCGGCCAUCAAAGUAGACGGAAUCGCCACCUGGAUUCAUUGCACCCACGCCAAGCCUGUGCACCCAUUCUCAGACCUCAUCGGACCUCCAGCGAAAGGAACAACCUGGACAAUCAACCGGAGUAAGGACAAUCCCCUAAAAAUCACCCUGCGCCACAAACCACCCAAGCCAUAGCCAUGAUAAUCAUUCUGUUCUUUGUAACCUCUUUUAUUUUACAAACCCCCUUUGUGAGCGGAGGCCUCGAACCUCCAGCUAAGGAGGCAAUACUACAUAACUUACCUGGAAAACUAGGUGAAUGUAGAGGGGGAAAGUCUGAAUCCCCAGUAGUACCCGAGCGGUACACCUACACACAGGGUUGUGGAGAAACAACCGCCUAUUUACUUCAGAAUUAUGGAGCAAUGGGGGGCUCUCAAUCAUGGAAAUGUGUUCCUAAACCUAAAACUCUCCCCCCUAGCUCUAGAUGCCCCUGUAGCACUUACCAAGACUCCAUGCACAGUGCUUGCUAUACUGCUGUCUAGCAGUGUAUAGGACAGGAUAACAAAACCUACUUCACCGCAGUAUUGCAGCCUGCCAGGACUGCCGCGGUAACGGGAGAAGAUGAAUAUAUGCAGGCAGGAUGCCGGGGCACAGUAGGAACUCGUGUGCUGGAGUACCAAAGCCCCGGUACACGUUUCAGACGGGGGUGGGCCCCAAGAUACGGUCCGACAAAUUGAAACCCGGAAGAAACUUGAAAAAAAAUAUUUCAGGGGAUGUAUCCCCAACUUAAUUACCACCCACUAAUUCUGCCUGAAAAAGCCAUUCUGACCUGGACCCUCAGACUAUGGAUAUAAUUAAGGCUACCUUUGCGCUCCUAAAUGCCUCCAACCCCGCUCUAGCCCAAGACUGCUGGCUAUGUCUCCCUCAGGGGCAGCCCAGACCUAUAGCAAUCCCUACCACCCUAAGCCUCGAUAGCACUGAUGACUGUCAUCCCUUUAACCCUGUCGACCCCUUCCCCAUGCAAUCUCUCAUUGUAUUCAAUAUCUCAUGUCUUGUUAAAAAUCACACAGACGCUAACGACAGUAUUGAUUUAGGGGAAGUCUCUUUUGCUGACUGUACCAACUAUACAGUAAUCAACUCCUCACUAUGUAGCUCCAACACCAUUGUAUUUAUAUGUGGGGGCAAUCUCGCUCACACUUACCCCCAAAUUGGACAGGAAUCUGCGUCCCAGCAACCCUCCUUCCGGAUGUAGACCUGGUUCCAGGGGAUUCCCCGAUGCCUAUACCUAGCUUAGACUAUCUACCAGGGAGAGCCAAGAGAGCAGUGGCAGUCAUCCCCCUAUUAGUAGGGUUAGGAAUAACGGGAGCUGUAACAGCUGGAUCGGUGGGCUUAGGUGUAUCUGUCCACACAUACCAUCAACUUUCGCGACAGCUGAUAGAAGAUGUACAGGCCCUGUCCGGAACCAUCCAAGACUUACAGGAUCAACUUGAUUCCCUAGCCGAGGUAGUAUUACAGAAUAGAAGGGGACUAGACCUGUUAACUGCACAGCAAGGUGGGAUAUGUGUAGCCCUCCAAGAAAAAUGUUGCUUUUGUGCUAACAAGUCAGGAAUAGUAAGAACAAAAAUCAACUCCAAGAAGAUUUAGCCCACCGUCGGAAAGAAUUAGCUGACAACCCUUUAUGGUUCGGACUCAACGGCUUCCUCCCAUACCUCCUUCCCCUCUUAGAGCCAUUGCUAAGCUUGCUACUUCUCCUCACAAUAGGGCCAUGUAUCAUAAACAAAAUGUUAGCUUUUAUCAAAGAAAGAGUCAAUACUAUUCAACUGAUGGUCCUCAGAACCCAAUAGCAACCUAUCGUUAAUGAAACAUUUGAGUCAAACACGUAAGAUCCAAGAUUGGCUCUUAAGGCACCAAAGAAAGGGGGGAAUGAGAGACUAAGAGAAAAGUUACCAGGGGUACCCACAACUGCAAAGAAAAGACACCCCCCCCCCCCCGCCCCCGCCGGUCCCAGAAUCAGCCAGGGCGUGCCAGGUUGUGGUUUGACCCAAAGGCGGGAACCAGUCAAGUUUUGCUGAGUGUUCAAAUUUAAAUAUCAACCAAUAACAGCUCUGUAACCGUGGAAGAUCCCUAACUUCCCCAUAACUUGUUUGUGCCUGUCUAUAAAAAGGCUGUAAAAACCUCGCUUGGGGCCUCUUAGCAUCACUGACAACGAGUGCGCGGAGGUCCGGGUUCGAACCUGCAAUAAACGGCCCUUGCCGCUUGGCUUUGA